UGUAUUCUACAAAUGUUGACAAAGUGCCACGAAUUUAAAAUUCUUAUUAUAUUGAGUGAGUGCGUGCACACGUGCAAAUCGCAACGAUGGGAAAAAUAAAUUAAUCUGAUAUUCGUGUUAAUUUUACGAUCACGUCAGGAUGGAUCCGUUGAAGAAAACUACAGACGACCUCGAUCGUUCAAUCCAGUUGCUGGGCUUGGGUAGAACACAAAGAACUUCGUUGUUGCGAUUAGCAACUAAGAGCACAACACCUAAACGAAUAUCACUGCAACCAAAUUUCAAUCUGGAAAGGAGCUCGGAUUCCCUUGAAAAUGUUCCUAGAAAUUUUAGCGACGAGUCCAGGUCGUUUCCGUCCGAGGCUAAAAACCCACGAAUGCAGAGGUCAUACUUAAAUACAAAGUCAUUCAAUAAGUACGACCUUGAGGACUUUGAUACAUCUAUUACAAUGGCGCCACAUGAACUUAGGGAUAUCAUGAAUGCGACAGAAAAGAGCGACCUUACUCUAAGGGAGCUGAUGGAUGAUUCGACUGCCACAGGCUUAGUAUUAAAAGCUAACGAACCCUGGCGUGAAGCAAAUGCUAAACUAUUCCAUGAAUUCCUUGAAAGUGUUCAGGCACACAGAGCUGCGCCCCAAGUAUUUGAAACCAUUGCAGAUUUCAUACAGACUUGUACAGAUACAUUGGAAAUAAUGAGAGGUAUGCAGUCAAAGGUGGAAAACACUCAAGUAUCUGAGGAAGAGAUCAACCUUGAAAAUGAGAGAAAUACUUGGCGUUUAGUGUACUGCUUGUACCAACACCGCGUUAACUCCUCAAACUUUGAGUCAAAAAUAGACUUGGAACUGAAAUCGAAUAUCUCAGAAAAGGAUGUGAUUGAGAAUUUGUACAGAAAUGAACCCUCGAUUACUGAGUAUCAGCUAAUAGUUGAUUGGUUGGAAAAAAACGCUUCUGAUCAAGCUGAUAGUUUGCCAAUGAUGGAACAUUUUACCGAUAAAACUGUAGCAUGGGAAAAUACUCUUCAUCAGCUACAAAAUCGGAAUACGGGAAUCACCUUCAAAUCAUCUCGGCCUAUAGUAACGUCCUUAGACCCCGAUGCACCGAUACGAGAAGGCAAGCCUUUACACGACUUGGACAAAGAAGACGAUGUUAGAUUAGAAAAAAGAAUGUAUUUAGAGGUAAGAUGCGGACGCUUGCAGAAGGCACAGUCCCUAUCUGUUCAUUGUGGUCAACCGUGGCGAGCUGCCUGCCUAUUAGGAUGGACACCGCAUCAUGAUCCAAACUACACUAAUCCCAUCAAUAACACAAAACUUCCAAUUGAAGGUAAUCCUAACAGGAGCUUGUGGAAGUUAUGUGCAUGGGAGUUAUCGCAAGAUAAUCGUGUAGGCGAACAUUAUCGUGCCAUAUACGCAAGUUUGUGUGGGAAUCUUAAUCAGCUGUUGUGUGUAUCAAAGUCUUGGCAAGACGCUUUAUGGGCACAUGUCAAAACGUUGCUAGAUAUCAAAGUAGAAAAAGAGAUGAGAGCUGAAGUUUUAAAGAGCUACACGCCAAUGCCGGAAGAGUACUGGAAAAAUGAGAUGACAAUUGAAGAUGUAUUCGAUGCAUUGCAAGCCUCUAAACAUUCAAGUAUUCGAACGCAAUCCCACAAGCCUGAUCAUUUGAUACAAAAGUAUUUGAUACUUGAUGAAAUUCCAAAGCUAAUGGAAGAAAUUGAGGCAUUUGUAGACUCUGGUACCUGCACGUCACAAUUCCUACGUUUUGUCGCCCAUUUAACGCUUUUUUUGAGACAAAUUGGUAAAACUGCCAAUGAGAGAAUAGAGCACAGGAUAUUAACUACUUAUGUACACGUUUUAAUCGAAAUGGGUGACCCGAAUUUAGUUGCGUUUUACACAGCCACUCUUCCGCAAGUGGAGCAAGUAACAACCUAUGCUAAAUAUUUGGAAAGUAUACACGAAUAUGAACUCCGCAAACAGUGCCUUGCUGCAGCAGAGUUAACCAAUUUACAUGUGGAGGCAAUCACCAAAAUGGUCGUUGAAAAUAUACGACAGAAAAAUCAAGAAGUCAGCUCUUCGGAUUUGAAAGGCGGUGUUACAGAAGCUGAUCAAGAAAAAAUUGAUGCGCUUGACUGGGUUGUAUUCUAUCAAAGUCAGCGAGAGGAAGCUUUAUGGCAAGCCAAUGCUUUGAUCCGGUAUUUUCUUUCUCUCGAGAAAAUUGAUGCUGCUAGGAAAGCAUUGAACAAGAUUCCCAUGGAUUCGAUCGAGGUGAUUAUGACGGAAUACCCCUCUAUGGAAGGAACAAUGGCCAAUCUGACAAUGUCAAACAAUUUGCCGAAGAAAGCAUCAGUAUCGAUUCGCGAAUAUUUAUGUUACAAAGCGUACUUAGAUGCGCAGGAAGGUUUCACAGAAUGGUUCACACAUUUUCAUCAUGGAAAACCCAGCCCUCCGCCAGAUUUACCAAUGUACGCAACGUUUACGGAAAAAGUUGCUCACGAUCAUAAGAAGGCUCAAUAUAACUCUGAGCUGGAAAGAUGGAAGUGCACCAUGCAGCAUCACACUAAAGCUGUAAAGCAACUCCUAUUCAACGUUUUAUUAUUCCCUGACGGAGGAUGGCUUGUUGAUUCAAACUACAACAAUGAGGAGCUCUUAUCUCACGAAGAGGAGUUGCGAGAAAAUCAAAUGGCAAAUUUACGAAAAUUGUGUAUUCCAAAAAUUGCUUUGCUACUACAUUCCGUGAUGUCGGAAAUGGGUGAACAUGCAGAUUGCGUUCAAUUGGCCGACAUAUUGGCCUCCGAGCAACACAAGCUCUACAAGGUAUUUCCCAAAGAACGGCUUCGGGACGUCUUCCAAAAAAUUUGCGAGUCAUCUCUAGUGUUGAUGGAUCAGAAAAAGGAUCCCUGGGGGUAUCCAAAAUGAAUGAAAUAUUUUUGAAUACAGAUUUGCAUCACCCGAGGAUAGUUCUUUAUUCGUACAUUUAUUUUGUUUGAUAAAGUUCGAUUGUAAGAGAUAAUAAAAAUGAAUUGAAAAAAACAGUGCUUAAAAAUAUUCGGAUCCAGUUUUUUUUCUUUAUUUACAAAACCCGUUUAUUGUCAACCACAAGAAGUGAAUAUAAAAUUUGAUACAAUGUUUAAUAAGUAAUAAUCAUAAGGUAUCGUAAUUAUAUGGAUAUACAUAUCAAAGGUAUAUCCUUGGUUUUUUUAUUUGUUUUUUUUUUUCAAUAAUCAGUGAUGCGCAGUACCAGCUUCUUUGUAAAGCUACACACAUUUUAACAUGUUGAAUUGUAAAUAAAUGCGGUCACGUUAUGAUUAGGUAUUGUAAUAGGUAUGAUGAAAAUUAAUCGCGAACUUUGGUAACAUGUCAAGUAAUUUUAGCGACUAGAAUUUUUAAGCCGUAAGUAGUAUGUAGUAUACAAUAAAAAUGACGGAUAAAAAGAUGAUGAUUAAUUUGUGUGACCAAUUAAGUAUCAAGGUACAGAUUUAAGGUGUGAAAAUACUAUGCGAGACUGCGGGACCUAUUUUCAAUAUGUUUAUAUCGUAUUUUUGUACACGUAAAUCGAGU